CUCCCACGCUACGGCGCUUGUCGCCUCUCGUCCCGGCGUCCUUGCGUCCCUCUCGGGCCCAGAAGGAGGCGCAUGCGCCGUGACCACAAGAGCGCGGCGGUCCGGGCGGCAGCGUCUAGCUACAGGCUUCGGCGCCCUACUCUGAGGCCUCUCUAAAACCUGGAGAAGUGGAAUCUGGAUUCUGAAGUUCCUUUUGCUGUGGGCGUGCUCAACAGCUGCCAGAAUAGGGUGGUUUCCAGCUGAAUAAGAAGCUGCUGACCCCAUGGCUGGAACAGGGACCCCAGAGGAAGAUGCAGAGGUACAGAUGGAACUUUCAGCAGACACAGGAGAUGGGAAUUCCUGUGAAAACACCCAGUCAUCCCACCGAAUGCUCAGCUUCAGUGAUGCCCUGCUUUCCAUCAUCGCCACUGUUAUGAUCCUGCCUGUGGCCCACACGAAAAUCUACCCCGACCAGCGGUUUGACAAAAGUAUACAAAAACUUCUAGCAACUAAAAUUGCAGUUUACCUGAUGACAUUUUUAAUAGUAACUGUGGCUUGGGCAGCACACAUAAGACUAUUCCAGGUAAUUGGAAUGAUAGAUGAUACUUUGGCCUUACUAAACCUGGCCUGUAUGAUGAUUAUUACUUUCUUGCCAUACACGUUUUCCUUAAUGGCCUCCUUUCCUGAUGUGCCUCUGGGUAUUUUCCUGUUUUGCAUUUGUGUCAUCGCCAUUGGCCUCAGUCAGGCAGCAAUUGUGACCUAUGGGUUCCAUUACCCAUACUUACUGAAUCGCCAGAUCCGACAGUCAGAGAACAAGGCCUUCUACAAGCAGCACAUCUUAAAUAUUAUACUCAGAGGACCAGCUCUGUGCUUUUUUGCAGCCAUCUUCUCCUUUUUCUUUUUUCCCUUGUCUUACCUUCUUCUUGGCCUUGUCAUCUUCCUCCCCUACAUCAAUAAAUUCAUCACGUGGUGCAGAGACAAACUUGUUGGUACCAAACCAGAAGAGCAGCCUCAGAGCUUGGAGUUUUUUACUUUUAACAUCCAUGAACCCCUAAGUAAGGAGCGAGUAGAAGCCUUCAGUGACGGUGUGUAUGCCAUUGUAGCGACCCUCCUCAUCCUCGACAUUUGUGAAGACAAUGUUCCUGAUGCCAAAGAAGUUAAAGAAAAAUUUCAUGGCAACCUUGUUGAAGCACUAAGAGAAUAUGGACCAAAUUUCUUGGCCUAUUUUGGCUCCUUUGUAACAAUUGGUCUCCUGUGGUUUGUCCACCACUCCCUCUUCCUUCACGUGAGAAAGACAACCCAGUUCAUGAGCCUGCUGAACACUUUUUCCUUGGCCUUCAUUGGUGGGCUCCCACUUGCCUAUCAGCAGACCACAGAGUUUGCCCAGCAGUCCCACAGUGAAAUAGAAAGCAUCCGUGUCAGUUGUGUCAUCACGUUUUUUGCUGGCAUCUUCCAGUUUGCUAUCUGGAGCACAGCUUUAUUGAAUGAGCAGGAGACCCUGCACCCAUUUGCCAGGUAUGGAGGGAAGGAACAUGCCUUCAUGUUUGCCAAACUUGCCCUCUACCCCUGUGUCAGCCUUGUGGCCUUCUCAUCUACCUGCUUCCUGAGGGAAUUCAGUACAACCAUCUUCCACCUCAUGCAGAUAAUUGUUCCUUUUGCGUUCCUCCUCCUGCGCAUACUCGUCAGAAUUGCACUGGCCAUCUUAAGGUCAGUGAUCACUCUGACCAGACCCGAGGAGACCUUGUUACAAGAUGAGGAGACAAGACUGUGUACAGCUGAAAUGCCGUCAUAACCCAGCCCUCGCUGACGACGUGAGGUUCUUCUGGGAGCUUCAGUCUCUGAAAACGAAGAAAGAACAACAACAGUCUGUACUGAAGUCAGUCAUUUGUUAUUAGCUGUCUCUUUGUGGUCUUGUUUCUAUGGGUGUGACCCCAAAACCAUGCUUUUGCUCUUUGUAGGACUCAGAGAUUAGUGUUUGCGGAAAAUCAAAAGUUUCUGUAGUGACUGUUUAAGCUAGUGCUUCUCCUAGCCGGAUGAAAUGGAAUGGUGGUCCUGCUGAUGGAGGAGCCCCUUCUGGGAGCAGCUGCAGGAGGUUACAUGGAUCAGCCAUUUCUAGGUCAACUCCCUUCUCCUAGGU